AUGAGGACAAGAGAUCCAGCUGAUUCAAUGAAGAAAGCCAUUGAGUUCGUGUUCCAUGGCACUGUAGGUUCUCAAACACAUUAUGAGAACUUUAUGGCAACAAUUCAUACACAACAAAUUCCAGCUACAGAGUACGAUAUUUACAAGAAUAAGCUAAAACAUGAUAUAUUUGUCAGCGGAAUAGAUGACUAGCAAAUGACUUAAGACGUAAAGCAGUCAUUACAAAGAUUAUGUGAAGUCCUUGGUGAUUGGACAAAUAAUAAUCUCUAUCAUUAUUCUUCGGAAUAAUUUUAUGCGAUGCAUCUAGUAACUUAUGUAUUAACAAGAAUUGCAGGUACCUUCCAUACUAAUGGUCAAUCCUGCUUCUUAGAUUUUAGUGCUUAAGAUAUUCAUCUUUCAACUAUAGCUACUAACCCCAUUCUAAACUACUAUUCUGAUCUACCAUAAUAAGAACCAAAAUUUUUUGGAAUUACAAUUAGCGAUAAAUUUGUAGAAGAGUUUAUCAAGGAAUUGAUUAAGAGAAAAAAAAGGUUGAAUGUUCUAGAAUACAUAGAGCUAUUCCCAGAGUUUGAUGACUACUCAAGUAGAAUGAGAGUUGGAGAGGUUUCAGAUAUAUUUCCUAAUCUCAUUGAAUCGUAUCAUCCUAAAAAGAGAUUCAGCUUAGAAAUUAAUCCGAAGGAGCCUUUAGAAGAAGGACUUUAAUAUUCCAAUUAAAAUACACUUGUCUAGUUUGGCUAUGGUCAAGUAAAUAUCUUAAUUCCACUUGUCUUUGAUAUACUUGUUGGGAAAACUCUAUUUACUUGGGAGAGAAUAGCACAAGGCUACCUUGGAAUAGGAGGAUUAUCCAAGAUCAAACAAUAUGACGAUGGUACAUUGAAAUUCGAUAUAAAAUCUAAUGUCAGAAUUUAAAAGCUUGCUUUAAAAAACAUCUCAACCUCAUAAAAUAUGGUUGAAGAAGAGGCUACAUCGAUGGCGUUAGGAAAUUUGUUUUUAAAAUCUUAUCUUUCACCUCCUCUAAGUUACGUGUACCCUCUAACUCUUGAUCAUGACUAAGUGAAGUUUGAUAUAAAAGAUCUGGUGGAAAGAAAAAUUAAAUGUAAAUUCGUCCCAGGUUUCUUUGAUCUGAUUGUUUACCCGUUAGAUUUUACCUAGAUACCAUCUGAGGGUUUAAGAUUAAAAGAAAAAUAUGGCCUCGUUAGUCAGGGAUUUAACUAUGAUGAAUAAAAGAGAAAAGCUGCUUGGGAAUUAAAAUAAAAAGUUAUUUAACAAGAAUCCUUUAAAAAAGAGAUGUUAGAUCCGAAGAAAAGAAAAUCUUGGCUAACUAAUAAUUAGAUUAAUCUUGACUGGCUAUUGUGA